UAUUUUCCUGUUGAUAAAUAUAACUGUUGGUCAUGAUCAUGAUCAUAAUGACAUUUUCUCUGAAAAUAAUGUAGCUAUAUAGGUUAAAACAACAGAAGGAGACAACAUUAUGGAAUUCAUCAAGGAUCUGGCAGCUUCACUCCGGCGAGCCAGAACAGUUGAACUUCCACAAGAUGAGACAUCUGCUUUUUACAUGUUGAUGUCUAUGGUAAUAGCUAAUCAAUACAGAUCAGUGUCCGAUCUGCUGGGCGAUUCUAAGUACAAUGUCAAUUACCACCAUGGGAGAGCCAACAGGAACCUCCUACACAUAGCAGCCAAUUGUGGGUCUUACGAGUGUUUACACCUGCUGAUGAAGAAAGGUGCUGAUGUCAACCACAAGGACAUGUCUGGGUGUACUGCUCUACAUCUAGCUGCCAGGAAUGGACAGAGGAAAUGUAUCAUGAAGCUACUUGAGUACAAAGCAGAUGUCAACAUUCGUAACAAUGAAGGACUAACCACAAUCCACUGGCUAGCUGUCAAUGGUAGGACUGAACUACUACAUGAUAUCUUCACUUAUGUCCAAGAUGUAGACGUAGAGGAUGCUCAAGGACAGACAGCUUUACAUGUAGCUUGUCAAAAUGGCCACAAGUCUACAGUACUGUGUCUACUGGACCAUGGGGCUGACGUCAACAGACCAAAUCACUAUGGCUGGGUGCCAUUACACUUUGCAUGCAGUCACGGGCAGCAUGACACGGCUAACAUCUUAUUAAAUAAAGGUGCAAAGUUUGUCCCCAACAGAAGUAACAAAACUCCCAUGGACCUAAGUGUGGAGGGCGGCUAUAGUGAGACAUGUUACAUAUUGCUUCAAUACAUGCCCAAGUUGUUUGAUCAGCUAAUCAGUAUGGUUAGAAAGGAGACCCUCAAGGAAGCAUUGUAUACAAAAGUUUUGUUAUUCCUAAUUGACAAAAACCGAGUUAUGGCUGAUAAGGUGUUGAUCCAGCUAUCAAAGGAAGCCUCAUCUAUAGGUCACAGCCUUCUCAGUGUGUCCAGCAAUGUGGAGACCCAGGUGUCGAGUCUGCUGCGAUGUGUUAAUACCCUGUGUACCCUAUAUAAGUCCAUAUCCAGUUCCUCAACCUCACCCCACAGCUACGCCGUCAACGGUGUAGCACCCAUGUCGCCCAAAACGGCUCAAAUCUUCAAGCCACUUGAGAUGCUGUGGCAACUUCUGGAUGACUGGUUGAAUCUUCUCAAGAUGGAAUUUGAAAGAAAUCCAGAAAAUUUUAAAAAAGAAAUAUCCAAUGGAAACCUGAAUUCCCUUGUUAAAGAGUGCUUAAAUGAUCCUCAUGUUGGAGACUCUGUUGAUUCAAUUAAGGAAAGUAAGACAGUAAAAGAUGUAUCAGUGGAGAAAGUAGGUACAGAGGAAAAAGUAGAGAAAGAUGAACCAAAAAGUAUGGGAGCUAGUGUAGAAUGGGAGAUAACUCCAUCUGAGGGAGCGACAACCCAUCACAAGGUGGUAGCUACCAAGUUCACUCUUGCAGAUAUGGAAGAGCAGCUUUUAAAGCGCCUGAGCCUUGAGCAGGCAGACCAAGAUGUGGUUGGUGUUACCCUCCCAAGGAUCUGUGGGGUAGUUCAGGCCUUCUACACAUGCUGCUCAUGUCAAGUACAGCAGGGGAUGACGUCCCCCAGGUUCAUAGAAUUUGUUUGGCGCCAUAACCAUGUGUUGAAGGCUUUAGUUAGCAGAAAUCCAAAAGUGAUAUUUGACCACUUCCAUUUCCUAUUGGAAUGUCCAGAGUUGAUGUCCCAGUUCCUGUAUAUCAUUAAAGCACAGCCGUUUGAGACGAGGAGGCGAUGGUUUUACGAAAACCUGGGCAGUACCCCUGAUGAGAAUGGGCUGAUACAUUCCACACUGAACCAGGAGGACAUCCUAGUGGUGGACAGAGGGCGGUUGUUCCACAGUAGCUGUGAGAGGAUGCUCAUAAUGCCAACAGACAAGUUAAAGAAGGCAUUCUCCAUGAAGUUUACUGGGGAAGAGGGUGUGGGCCGAGGAGUGGUGAGGGAAUGGUUUGAUAUUUUGUCAAAGGAAAUCCUCAACCCUGAUUAUGCUCUGUUCACACAAUCUGCUGAUGGUUGUACAUUCCAGCCCAACAGCAACUCCGCCAUCAACCCAGAUCACCUGAACUACUUCCAGUUUGCCGGCCACAUCUUGGGGCUGGCUCUCUACCAUCAACAUCUACUUAGUAUCUACUUCACACGGUCUUUCUACAAACACAUCCUAGGUAUCCCUGUAAACUACAAAGAUGUUGCCUCUAUCGAUCCCGAAUAUGCCAAAAAUCUUCAGUGGAUACUAGACCACAACAUCAGUAACCUUGGCCUUGACCUCACUUUCUCCGUGGAAACCGAUGUGUUUGGAAAAAUGCAGGAAGUGGAGUUAAAACCCAAUGGCAUUAUGACUCAAGUCACAGAGGAGAACAAGCAAGAGUAUGUCCAACUGGUGACGGAGCUGAGGAUGACCCGAGCGAUUCAGCCGCAGAUUGAGAGCUUCCUGUCUGGCUUUCACGCCUUCAUACCACAGUCCCUAGUUCAGAUGUUUGAUGAAUUUGAACUGGAGCUGAUGUUGUCCGGGCUACCAGAGAUUUGUGUUGAUGAUUGGAAGGCGAACACUGACUACAAUGGUUACUGUGAGGCAUCAGACAUCAUAAAGUGGUUCUGGGAGAUACUGGAGGAUUCGAAUGAGCACGAGCGAGUGCAGCUAUUACAGUUUGUGACGGGCAGUUCACGAGUACCAUAUGGAGGAUUUUCUAAGCUGACAGGAGGAGGAGGAGCACAGAAAUUUACCAUCAGUAGUAGCCCCUACACCUACCAGAUUCUUCCCACUGCCAGCACAUGUAUCAAUUUGCUCAAACUACCAGAAUAUCCAAGUAAGGACGAGCUUCAGGAAAGAAUCCGAAUCGCCUCAAGUUGUGGAAGUCUAGGAUAUACCACGGCUUGAUGAUUGAAAUUGAAGGGUAUGCCAUGAUGUAAAGGAUAGAACUCGAGUUCUAUUUACCUGUAGAGUCUGCAGUUGUAUAACAACUAAGACAGGGAGCAACAUUUUAUGACAGUGUAACAUGGAAGUGCUUGUGUACCAUGACAGUGUAACAUGGAAGUGCUUGUGUACCAUGACAUUACAUGGAAGUGCUUGUGUACCAUGACAGUGUAACAUGGAAGUGCUUGUGUACCGUGACAGUGUAACAUGGAAGUCCUUGUGUACCGUGGCAUUACAUGGAAGUGCUUGUGUACCAUGACAGUGUAACAUGGAAGUCCUUGUGUACCGUGGCAUUACAUGGGAGUCCUUGUGUACCGUGACAUUACAUGGAAGUGCUUGUGUACCAUGACAUUACAUGGAAGUCCUUGUGUACCAUGACAUUACAUGGAAGUCCUUGUGUACCGUGGCAUUACAUGGAAGUCCUUGUGUACCGUGACAUUACAUGGAAGUGCUUGUGUACAAUGAUAUUACAUGGAAAAGAAGUAUGUGCCAUGACAUAUCACCUAGAUGCUAAGAGUUCUUAUAGAAACUGAUAUCAUGCCCAAUGUCUUAUGUUUCUACAAUUCCAGCAAUAUUAAGCCAGAUCUUCAUAGCUCUUAAUAGAAUAUUCCUCAGAAUCGAUAAAGAAAUAUUUCAAUACAUUUGGUUAAUAUCCAUCUACUUUUACGCUGUCUCAUAUGAUCCUAUGUUGAUAUAUUUCAAAUCAAAUUUGUCAUUCCAUUUAUGAUCCUGAAGUUUAUGGAAAGAAAUGAGAUUUUUUUUGUUGGAGUGAGUCAUUUUGAAGGUUUUUAAAGAAAAGUGAGUGUCCAAAUGAGUAGACUUGAAGUGGGGGAUGAUGUUUGGAAUAAUAGUAAAACCUGCUAGAAUAAGUGUGAAACAAUGUAACACAGAUAUACCCAGGUAGUCACUGGGGUAUGACCUCUCCCAACAAUAUAUACAGGUAAAUGACCUCUCCCAAAGAUAUAUACAGGUAAAUGACCUCUCCCAACGCUAUAUACAGGUAAAUGACCUCUCCCAACGAUAUAUACAGGUAAAUGACCUCUCCCAAUGCUAUGGAGGUAAAUGACCUCUCCCAACGAUAUAUACAGGUAAAGGACCUCUCCCAACGAUAUAUACAGGAAAAUGACCUCUACCAACGAUAUAUACAGGUAAAUGACCUCUCCCAAUGAUAUAUACAGGUAAAUGACCUCU